CUAGAGUGGAACGGGAAGGGCUGUGCGCUCUUCCUGUAGCUUCCUCCUGAGGUCCUGAGACCUGCAGUGCUGGGAACGAGAGAGGGCGGGCGUGGAGAGCCUCUGCGUGGAGCUGCGUAACACCGCUCAGAAGCCUGUGGAUUAAGAUGUACGGAAAGUAACUGACAUUCUUAGUUUAGUAAAGAUAUGAGUGAUCUCAGUGAAGAAUUGACGAGGCCUGUGACAGAGGAUGAGCAAGUGGAAACGUCUGUGCUCUCUGGUACAGGAAUGCAUAUUCCUUGGCUUCAAAAGCGUAUAGAAACUGUAGUGACUGGAGGAAAAAAGAAGGAUUUUGCUCAGACAACAAGUGCUGCAUGUUUAAAUUUUAUCCAAGAAGCUCUGCUGAAGCACCAGUGUCAAGCUGCAGAGUACAUGCACAGUUAUUUUCAGACUUUGGAAGAUUCAGAUAGCUACAAAAAGCAGGCUGCACCUGAGAUUAUUUGGAAGCUUGGAAGUGAAAUUCUAUUUUAUCAUCCCAAGAGCAACGUGGAGACUUUCAAUACCUUUGCUGACCGGAUGAAAAAUAUUGGCGUCAUGAAUUACUUAAAGAUCUCCUUGCAACAUGCAUUGUACCUUCUGCAUCAUGGAAUGUUUGAGGAUGCCAACAGAAAUCUAAGUGAGGCAGAGACACGGAGAUAUGGUGAGAAGUCGUCUUCCCAGGAAAUAUUAAUCCAUCUUAUUCAAGCCUAUAAAGGGCUUUUGCAGUACUAUACUUGGUCUGAAAAGAAGAUGGAAUUGUCAAAGCUUGAUGAAGAUGACUAUGCUUAUAGCACAGCAACCCGAAAUAUGCUCAACCACAGCUGGAAGACAUCUGUAAAUCUUUGUGCGUUGAUUCAAAUUCCUGGAGUUUGGGACCCUUUUGUGAAGAGUUAUGUAGAGAUGCUGGAAUUCUACAGUGAUAGGGAUGGAGCCCGGGAGGUGCUCAACAAUUACGCCUACGACGAGAAGUUCCCUGCAAAUCCAGAUGCCCAUAUCUACUUAUAUAAUUUUCUAAGAGAGAAGGCACCAAGAGAAAAACUGCUAAGUGUGCUUAAGAUUUUGCAUCAGAUUGUACCAUCUCAUAAACUAAUGUUAGAAUUUCAUACAUUACUUAGAAAAUCAGUGUAA